AUGACAACAGAAACCAAUUCCGAGGUAAGGAUGCCACAAGAACUUGAUGAAAUCAACGCUCUAUUCCAGAAGAAGCCCGAAGUUGCUCAAGAAGAACCCAAGAAAUCAAAACUUCACUUAGAUUUGACUUUGAAGACAAAAAUCAAGAUUGGUGUUGCAGUUUUUAUACUUAUUUUGGGCAUUAUUAUCAAAAUCUUACUCAAAAAAGAAAUCCGUACCAUCGAUACUCCAAUGAAAUAUGUUAAAACAGCGAAAAUUGCCACAGCGAUCAAUUCAUUUGUUCAUUCCAGUGAGCCAUCAGAUAUUACUAUUCUCUACGGUCCAAAAGGUUUUGGAAAAACACGUGGCUUAAACAUUGCAGUUGAGCAACUCAAAUCAUCAGGAAAAUUUGUUGUCAAUCUUGAUUUUUCAGUGCUCACAAAGGAAUCUACAGUUCAAGAUAUUAUUACAAUUAUCAAAAGUUCAAUAAUUACUGCAUUUAAGAAUACUGAGAUGACAAUACCAUCAAUCAAGCUAGCUCUUCCAUCCUUAGCAUCCUUAACUAGUAUUGUUGGUGUCGAACCACCACAAAUUGGUGGAUUCCAAGAUCCUACUGUCAGACAAAUCGCAUCUUCUUUAUGCACACUUAUUGAUACAAUAGGAAAACACCCAUCAUCUACAGAAAUCAUUCUUAGAGGCUUUGAUGUUUUAGGAAAUGUAUUUCUUGUUGUAAAUGAACCGCAAAAUGCAAUUAAAUUGCCAAUUUACAACGAAUUCCUCGAAGAAUUACAAAAGAUCUCAUCAGGAUCCCACCAUAUCUCAUGCAUCGCCGAAAUCUCUGAUGUAGAGUGGCUUCUCAAUCAACCAGAAAUUUUACAUGCAAAAAGAAUUUAUAUUGAUGAAUUCACACUUGAAGAAGCCAAGGAAUACCUUGCAGGAGACUUCAAACCUCGCCAGAUCUCAGAAAUGUUCGAUGCUUUCGGUGGAAAUGGUCGACUUUUCGCUCUUGUCCAUGAAACAAUGAGAUUGGGCUUGGAUUUCAAGGAAGCACUACAAUACGUAAUAAAUAUUGAGCAAAUGGCUACAAAGCAAGCACUCGCCAGACUUCCUGAGGGUGGAAUGCCAACUUUACUCAAUUUGACAAAAAGUGAAGUGAAUUUGGACUUCAACAAUACAAUUGCAAGGUUCCUUAUCGAUGAAUACCUUGCAACUCCUAUAAGACAAGGAGUUAUUAAGCCACUUUCAAAGAUUACAGUUGAAUACCUCAAAACACUUGAUAAAUAA